AUGGUAGAUAUGUUCAUGGGUCGAGCUACCCGCCCAAGUCUGAAAACCCAUUCCAAAUUUGAGAGAGUUUGGCCAUGCAUUCUACAUAGCUUUUCCUUAUUGUGCAUUUGCUUUCGUGUUGUUCAAUACUUGUUAUAUUUUAGGUCAUCGAGGAAAAAAAUUGGGCUUCUUGAGAAACACAAGGAUUAUGUCAUUCGUGCAAAAGCAUUCCACAAGAAGGAAGAAACGUUACGGAAACUCAAGGAGAAAGCUGCAUUCAGAAACACAGAUGAAUUUUACUUUCAGAUGAUAAAAACGAGAACUGUGGAUGGAGUUCAUAAACCUGAGAGCCAGGCUAAAAAAUACACUCAAGAAGAACUCAUGCUAAUGAAGACUCAAGACAUAGGAUAUAUACUACAGAAAUUGCAAAGUGAAAGGAAGAAAAUUGAGAAGCUAACUGCAGUGUUGCAUUCUGUUGAUAAUCAUCCAUCUAACAGACACAUUUACUAUGCCGAGGAUAGGGAAGAAGCUAGAGAAUUACAGUCACAAGCUUCAGAAAGCAGAGUUACUCUCCCUUCUGGUGAUAUCCCUGAUCUUAUUAAAAGGAAGACAGCUGCUUCUUACAGGGAAUUAGAAUCCAGGAAGAGUAGAGUGAAUCAGCUGGAGAAGCUAUAUAUGGAAAUGUCACUGAAUAAGGAAUUACAGGGUCAGAAGCGGAAACUCCGUGAAGACGAGUUAGUAUGUCCAACCUCCAAGCCAGUGUAUAAAUGGAGAUCAGAAAGAAAGGUGACAAAGAUGGUUGUGUUGGUGAAGGCGGCAAUUUGACUUUAGCAGCUUUCCCCAUGUUGUGAGAGAAAUCUAAGCCAUAAAUAUUGAAAGUUUUGCAUUGUUAUGAUUUUCAGGGGCAUGGGACCAAUUAUAUAUGAUAUGAGAAUUAUUAUUACUUAAAUGAGUUUAUUUAUUUAUUUAUUAUGUCUGAACUCUAUUGAAUUCAAUUUAAUCCUAAAUAUUUGACAAUAUAAA